AAACAUUGUAGCACUCCAUCGAUCUCAAACUCAAACGUACAAAAAACAGAAAAGAAAAUGAAGGGUGUUGUUAUAGCUUUAGUGAUGGUGGUGGUGGCCAUGUUGGUCUUGGUUAAACUGGGGCAGGCCACAGUCACUUGCCAACAAGUGGCGUCAUCUGUCGCUCCCUGCGUUCCAUAUCUCACCAGUGGCACUGGUAGCCCACCCACGGCGUGUUGCAAUGGGGUUUCGGGUCUGAAACAGCUCGCUUCAACCACCAAAGACAGGCGUGCAGCCUGCCAAUGCCUCAAGGACGCCGCAGAUCACUACCAAAACAUCAAGGAAGACGUCGCAGCUGGUCUCCCCACUGCGUGUAAAGUCCAAAUCAACGUUCCCAUUUCUAGGAGUGUCAAUUGCAACGAUGUGCAGUAAAAAUCAAGGCAACUACAGAUGGAAGUUAAAAUAAAGAGAGAAGCAUGGGGGAUGCUGCUAUCUUCUCAACGGCUACACCUAGCUUUUGGUUGAAUGCGGUCAAGAUAUGGUUCUCACUAGAGAGCCAUGCUAUACUUAGUUUAUUCAAGCUACCUGUUAUGUAUGAG